AUGGCACCAUCAGCAGAGGCAAAGCGCCUAGAAAAGCUUGAGUCCGGAAGGGCCAAAAGUAAAGAGGAGGUGCUGGCAGAGGCUAGAUCUUUUGUCAGCACAAAUGGUGGAGACCCCAGUGACCAGUUUUUAGUACUGGCCCACUGCAAACUUCAGUUUGGGAAGUACCAGGGCCAGCGAUUUAGAUGGCUCCUGGAAAACUCUCUGGGGUAUGCAGUGUAUUUGGUGCUUAGCAGUUCCAGUGAGAAAGCCCAUCCAACCCCGCUGUCAGAAAACAAACAGCUGUACCUGCAGUAUACUUCUCUUAUUAGAGAGAUGGCAGAAGAAGCGGAGAAGUAUAAGAGAAAGCAGGAAAUGCAAGCAGAAGCCCAUGCAACUGGAGACAAAGGCUUCUUGAUGGUGGAGUUUGGUGACUUCCAGGGCCGGUCCAUGAAGGAAGUUUAUGAGGACCAGAGCAAGCAGGCCCAAGCCCUCAUCAGGUACCUGGUAAAGGCAAAUGCCAACCCCAACACCAACAUGGCCAUUUUCAAGACGUAUGUCUUGAAAAGACAGGCGUCUGCUGUGGGCACCCGUGUAUGCCAGCCUGAACCUCAAGUUGCAACCUCCAGUGCCUCUGCACCUCCACCUGCAACCUCCAGUUCCUCUGUACGUCCACGUGCAACCUCCAGUGCCUCUGCACCUCCACCUGCAACCCCCAGUGCUUCUGUUCCUCCACCUGCAACCUCCAGUGCCUCUGUACGUCCACGUGCAACCUCCAGUGUCUCUGCACCUUCACCCGCAGCCAUCCAAACUGGUGUACAGCAGAGCGCCACUGUGAAAGCGCUGUUGAUGCGUGGCAAACAUUUGUCUCCUUCUCACCUGGCGAGAAAACUCAUGUCACCAGUGAAACACUAUCCAUUACUGCAGUCCACUUUACCUCCUCCAGCAGCAGAACCCCCAGCCACACAUUUGACCCGAAGGCAGCUUUUCACUACUGGCACUUCCGUUUCCACUGCUGAAGAUGAUGAUGAGGAACUGGUAUUUGCUGCAUCACAAUGUGAAGCACAGAUAAAUACAGAAUUAUGUCACAUCUUGCCUCAAGCUGGAUGUAUGCUUUGAGCGCAUUUCUUCGAAACCGUAAGGAUGUUUAAAGAGACCUGUUCUGGUCCGUCUCCAUCAGCGGAAACAGCAAAAGCACCAGGUCUUCCACAUCAUCCACCACCAGCUGAGCUUCCAGUUCACUGGAAAGAUCAUCUUCCACCUUUCCAGCAUGAGUGGAUACGGAACACACUAUUUAAGGCCAACCCGCGAACCGGCAAGCCAGAACUAGUGUCCCAACUGAAGCUUUGGUGGUAUCCUCCUCAGGUCCCUUUAAUUCACACUCAGCCGCC